AUGAGCUACGCGACGCGUGCGCUUCGGCGAGAAGUCGAGCAGACUGAGCAUCCCAUUGGGCUGGGCUGGCUGCUUGCCAUCUCGCUCUGCGGCGGCGUCCUACUCUUCACGACGGUUGGGUUGUUGCUUGUAUGGUGGGUUAAGAAGAAUCGUCACCCGGGACCGCAGAUGGUAUACGGAUACUCGGCGACCCGCAACUCACUCUUACCGCCGUCGUCUUCGAGGCUGAUCAAGCGGCGGCUGCUGGGAUCCGAGUCCUUUAGCAAGGUUUCCAGUCGACUUUCCAGCCGGUUUUCGUUUUCUGCCAAAGCGCAGCAGCAUGCCGUACAGACGCCGCUGCCGACAUACGAGGGCGUUCAGCUGCCUGAGCGGAGGAGGACGGUUUCGAGGGGCAGGAAGAGGUCGAGGAGCUGGGUAGACGAGGAUGAUUUGCAUGGGCCCAAGAUGGUACGGAGCAAUAAGAGGAGUGCGAGGGAGUCGUGGUUUGGGAGGGAUGGCUGCCUUACGAUGGCACCGACGUUGCCUAAUAUUGGGAUGAUUGUGCCAGAGUCUGAGAAAGGGUACGUCCAAGUCGGCGAGCUGCCGACGGCGCAAGGACCGCAGUCGAGAUGGUUACCGCGCAGUCAGACGGAGCCGAGGCUGGCUACGAUACCUGGCUCGCCAUUGUCGCCAGGUGGUGAUGACUCCUCAUCGACGGAGACUGUACCGAUACCCCUUAGAGGAAUGUCAGUGCCUAUUUUUCAGCCAGCUCCUAUCCGGCCGGCUCAGAUGCGGCACUCAAAGACAGAUCCCAGUCUUAAGGGCAUCUUGCGUUCAACAGACCUGAGACUCUCUCAGAGGAGCUCACGGUCUUCUGUCAAGGCGUCUAUAUCGUCUGCCCUCAAGGCAUCGCCAACUAAACCAUCCGGCAGCAGCCAAACCGGCAUAUCAGGAAGGUCAGGUAGCGGCUGGCGCGCAUCGGGUAGUCCGCCUAAGAGAGGUGGCUCUUUUGCUGGGAGUAGGAACAAUUCCACAAGCACAAUUGGCAGUGCUGCGAAUAGUCUGAUCCGCGCGGCGACACAAGAGCUUGAACUCCCAGGGGGUUCAUCCAGCCCCAGUAAAGCUAGAAGUGUGCAUUGGGAGCGACAGGAUCAACAGAUGGCGAAUAGAAGCCCGGAGAGGGCCCAGUAUGCGUCUCCCCAGCGACAGAGUCCUCAGCGACAGAGUCCACAACGACAUAGCCCGCAGAGACAAAAUCCUCAGAUGAUGAUGAUGGUGCCUCAUGUGCAAAUGCAACCUCCGCACAUGAAGUUCCCUCAGAUGCAGCAUCCACAGCUAGUUUUCCCCCAGAUGCAGCAUUCUUCAAUAUCGCAUGUCCAGCAGCACCGUUCUUCAAAGAAGACCGCUGAGCGUCGAAUGUCUGUCGACAGCGACAAAUCGAGCUCCUUAUCGACCCUCUACAGCACCAAUGAGCCGGAAGAAGAAAUGCCAAGGCAGCAACAGCAAACGCAAGAUGACGAUCCUUUUGUGGAAAAGGGAGGCCCAAGAAGGUGGCCUAGCUGGCAAGCGCGCCAGAGACCUGCAAACAUGGACUCAUCCCAGAGGCGGGCGAAAACUCUAAGCGCAGCAUCACUGACUAUGGGCGAGCCGCCAUGUCCACCGCCACUGAGACCCGUCUCGGAGAUUUCACAGCCGACGAAGAUGGGCUGCGAGUCCCUGACGUCUCCCCGGAUACUCCAGCCACAGGCAAGACCCGCCAAUAGAUGUUCCAUUUCCCAGAUGCCCUAUCUGCUUGAGGCGCCUUCAGAAGCGAGCUUCGCUUCAGUAUCGGUGGAGUCGGAUGCGACUGAAGUGCUUGCGAGCGAAAUGCAGAGGUUAGACUGGGUUGACAGCAGCGACUCGGCGUCAUCUAGUCCCACCACGCCGACCAGGCAGACAAGGUACCGCGACAUGUCCUCAUCGUCGCCGUAUGACGAGCGAGAGAUCAUGUCCUUGCUGAUGGGGACGGCACCUGCCAAUCGAACUUUACCGCUAUCUCCUUCUCCUAGUAUGAUAGCUCCUGAUGGAAGCAUCGUCACGGUCCUUUCGCCGCCGCCGCGAGGAGGAGGCGGAGGAGGUUUGGUGCGCCAGGCAUCUACCUCGAGCUCCAUAUACACCCUUGAAUCCUUCAUUGGCACCGACCUAGGGGUCGCGUUAACAGCUUCUCCUUCUCCCAGAGCUACCAUGCGGUCACUCGUCGAGGGUGGCCAAAGACUGAGCAACACCGUUGCUGAGCUGCGCCGGAUGAAUAGCAUGAUUAGCACAUACAGCGUCGCGUCCUUGGCUUCCACGGCCGUUGGAGAAGGGGACAACGCCCCAUCUACUCUCACUGCUUCGUUGAGCGGCAGCGGCGCAGGGCUGACUGCCUCUCGGUCCAUUCGCUUCGGCACAGCAAGCAUUGGUAGCAGGCACUAUCUCAACAUCGGCGGCGAUGCCAGGAGAUCCAUGGUUGUUACAGGCAGCCAUAGAUACCGGCCGAGGAGAGGGCAACACCGCCGCGCAGAAACGUACUAUUAUGGCAAGGAGAAUCUAGGGCUGGGGCUGCGACUAUCCUGUAUCAUGGACGGGACAAUUAAUGUCGUUACGCAAGAUGUAGUUGCACAAGAAGAUGAAGAAGAAGAAGAAGAAGAAGAAGAAGUUGUGCGGGACGAUGACGGUCUCGCCUGCGGCCCUGCCAUGGAAAUCAUUGAGGGGAUACCUUCGGGUGUGCUGAGCCAGAAGCUGACUCCUUUGGAACAACUCAUUGCCGCGGAGCAGCGACAGAAUUUACACCGGGCGAGUUUAGAUAGCCUUGGGCUGUAUGACAAUGAUGGGUUCCUGCUCAGCUCACCUGAGAGAGAUGCGAAGAGGACGGGUGUGAGAGUAUAA